GGAGGUGACGUCAGCCCGGGGCGCGCGCCGCAGUGAGAGUCCGCCCGCCCGGCCGGGCUCCGCACGCUUCCCGGGUCCCAGGCCCGGCCGGGCCGACGGGGGCAGCCGCCUGCAGGUACCGGCGCAUGCGGGGGACGGCUCCCGGCCUCUCUGUAAGGGAACCCGGGGUGGGGGGGCGUCCCCCUCCAGGGAGGAGGUCACAGGGCCCCCCACGAAGAUGCUGCUGGGCUGGGGCACGGGGGUGGCCUCCGCAAUGGGACCCCUCGGCCUCCUUGUGAUGCUGCUGGCUGGAGGUUGUGCAGCAGAAGAGCCCCCGCGGUUCACCAAGGAGCCCAAGGACCAGAUUGGGGUGUCGGGGGGCGUGGCAUCCUUUGUGUGCCAGGCCACGGGGGACCCCAAGCCGCGGGUGACGUGGAACAAGAAGGGGAAGAAAGUCAACUCACAGCGCUUCGAGACUAUCGAGUUUGACGAGAGCGCGGGGGCCGUCCUGAGGAUCCAGCCGCUCAGGACUCCGCGGGACGAGAACGUGUACGAGUGCGUGGCCCAGAACGCGGUCGGGGAGGUCACCGUGCACGCCAAGCUCACCGUCCUCAGAGAGGACCAGCUGCCACCCGGCUUCCCCAAUAUCGACAUGGGGCCGCAGCUGAAGGUGGUGGAGAGGACGCGGACGGCCACCAUGCUCUGUGCCGCCAGCGGGAACCCCGACCCGGAGAUCACUUGGUUCAAAGACUUCCUGCCCGUGGACCCGGGGUCCAGCGGGGGACGCAUCAAGCAGCUGCGCUCAGGUGCCCUGCAGAUCGAGAGCAGUGAGGAGACGGACCAGGGCAAGUACGAGUGUGUGGCCGCCAACAGCGCCGGGGUGCGGUACUCCUCGCCUGCCAACCUCUACGUCCGAGUCCGCCGUGUGGCCCCCAGAUUCUCCAUCCUACCCAUGAGCCACGAGAUCAUGCCGGGAGGCAACGUGAACAUCACCUGCGUGGCCGUGGGGUCCCCCAUGCCCUACGUCAAGUGGAUGCAGGGGGCCGAGGACCUGACCCCCGAGGACGACAUGCCUGUGGGCCGCAAUGUCCUGGAGCUCACCGACGUCAAGGACUCCGCCAACUACACGUGCGUGGCCAUGUCCAGCCUGGGUGUCAUCGAGGCCGUGGCCCAGAUCACCGUCAAGUCUCUCCCCAAGGCCCCGGGAACCCCGGUGGUGACGGAGAACACGGCCACCAGUAUCACCAUCACGUGGGACUCGGGUAACCCGGACCCAGUGUCCUACUACGUGAUCGAGUACAAGUCCAAAAGCCAGGACGGGCCGUACCAGAUCAAGGAGGACAUCACCACCACGCGUUACAGCAUCGGCGGGCUGAGCCCCAACUCCGAGUACGAGGUGUGGGUGUCGGCCGUCAACUCCAUCGGCCAGGGGCCUCCCAGCGAGGCCGUGGUGACCCGCACGGGGGAGCAGGCUCCCGCCAGCGCCCCCCGGAACGUCCAGGCCCGGAUGCUGAGCGCCAGCACCAUGAUCAUCCAGUGGGAGGAGCCGGUGGAGCCCAACGGGCUGGUCCGAGGGUACCGGGUGUACUACACCAUGGAGCCUCAGCACCCCGUGAGCAGCUGGCAGAAGCACAACGUAGACGACAGCCUGCUCACCACCGUGGGCAGCCUGCUGGAGGACGAGACGUACACGGUGCGCGUCCUGGCCUUCACCUCCGUGGGCGACGGGCCGCUGUCGGAGCCCAUCCAGGUCAAGACGCAGCAGGGAGUGCCCGGCCAGCCCAUGAACUUCCGGGCCGAGGCCAAGUCCGAGACGAGCAUCAGUCUGUCCUGGAGCCCCCCGCGCCAGGAGACGGUCACCAAGUACGAGCUGGUCUUCCGAGAGGGCGACGCGGGCACAGAGAUACACAGGACCUUUGACCCUGCCACGGCUUUCGAGGUCGACGGCCUCAAGCCCAACACGGAGUACACCUUUCGCCUGGCGGCGCGCUCUGUGCAGGGCGUGGGUGCCUUCACCUCCCCGCUGCGUCAGCGCACCCUGGAGUCCAAGCCGUCAGCGCCCCCCCAGGACGUGCAGGGCGUCAGCACCCGCUCCACCGCCAUUGUGGUAAGUUGGCGGCCGCCGCCGGCCGAGGCGCAGCACGGGGCGCUCGUGGGCUACAGCGUCCAUUACCGUGCGCUGGACGCGGACCCGGCGGAGGACCAGGCGGUCACCGGCAUCCCGCCCACCGCCUCCCGCAUCCUACUGGCUGCGCUGCGCAAGUGGACGCGCUACCGCAUCACGGCCGCCGCGCACACCCGCGCCGGAGCCGGGCCCCAGAGCGCACCCGUGCUGGUGCGCACGGACGAGGACGUGCCCAGCGCGCCCCCACGGAAAGUGGAGGUGGAGGCCCUCAAUGCCACAGCGAUCCGGGUUCUGUGGCGCUCGCCCCCGCCCGACCGGCAGCACGGCCAGAUCCGCGGCUACCAGGUGCACCUGGCCCGCAUAGACGGCACCGAGGCCCGCGGGCCGCCCAGCAUCCGGGACGUGAUGCUGGCCGAUGCCCAGUGGGAGAAGGACGAUACAGCCGAGUAUGAGAUGGUGAUCACAGACCUGCAGCCGGAGACCACCUACUCCAUCACGGUGGCCGCCUACACCCUGAAGGGCGACGGGGCUCGGAGCAAGCCCAAGGUGGUCACCACCAAGAGUCCAGUGCUGGGGCGCCCCUGGCUGUCGCUGCAGCUGUCUCCCGAGGGUGCCGUGCUGGCCCGCUGGGCGCCCCCGCCGGGCACAGAAGACGGGGUCCUGAGCUACCGCCUGCGCUUCUGGCCUCAGGGGGACGAGGACGGGGACGCGGCCGGGGACGCCUCCACCCUGGAGCUGCCGGCCCAACAGCUGAGCCACACGGCACGCGGCCUCGCCCCCGGGGCCACCUACCAGUUCCGCCUGGCAGCCCGCGGCCGGGGAGGCCCGGGCGAGGAGGCGGCCGCCACGCUGGCCCUGCCCGAAGACGCGCCCCGGGGACACCCCAGGGUGCUGGGCGCCGCCGGGGACGCCCGAGCCGGCACCGUCCUGCUGCGCUGGCUGCCCCCAGCCCCGGCCGAGCGAGGGGGCUCCGUGCUCAAGUACACGGUGUCCGUGCUGCCCGAGGACCCUCCAGGGCCCCCCCGGGAGACAGAGGUGGCCGCCGCCCCCCGGCCGGGCGCCGAGACCGCGCUGACCCUGCGGGGGCUGGAGCCCAACACCACCUACCAGCUGCGGGUGCGGGCACACACGGCGCGGGGGGCCGGGCCCUACAGCCCCCCGGUGCGCUACCACACCUUCUUGCGGGACCCAGUCUCACCCAAGAACUUCAAGGUGAAGAUGAUCAUGAAGACAUCGGUCCUGCUGGGCUGGGAGUUCCCCGACAACUACAACUCCCCCACCCCCUACAAGAUUCAGUACAAUGGGCUGAGCCUGGACAUUGACGGCCGCAGCACCAAGCAACUCAUCACCCACCUCAAGCCUCACACCUUUUACAACUUUGUGCUGACCAACCGCGGCAGCAGCCUGGGCGGCCUCCAGCAGACGGUCACCGCCUGGACGGCCUUCAACCUGCUGAGUAGCAAGCCCACCCUCGCACCCAAGCCCGACGGCGACGGCUACCUCACCGUCUACCUGCCCGACGGCCACAGCCCCGUGCCUGUCCAGAGCUAUUUCAUCGUGAUGGUACCUCUCCGCAAGUCCAGAGGUGGCCAGUUCCUGACCCCUCUGGGUAGCCCGGAGGACAUGGACCUGGAGGAGCUGAUCCAGGACGUGGCCAGGCUUCAGCGCCGCAGCCUCCGCCACUCCCGUCAGCUGGAGGUGCCUCGGCCCUACAUCGCCGCCCGCUUCUCCGUCCUGCCCCCCACCUUCCACCCCGGAGACCAGAAGCAGUAUGGCGGCUUUGACAACCACGGCCUGGAGCCCGGGCACCGCUAUGUGCUUUUUGUACUGGCCGUUCUACAGAAGAGCGAGCCUACCUUCGCCGCCAGCCCCUUCUCGGACGCCUUCCAGCUGGACAACCCUGACCCCCAGCCUAUCGUGGACGGCGAGGAGGGGCUCAUCUGGGUGAUCGGGCCCGUGCUGGCUGUUGUUUUCAUCAUCUGUAUUGUCAUCGCCAUCUUGCUCUACAAAAACAAACCUGAUAGCAAACGCAAGGACUCGGAGCCUCGAACAAAAUGCCUCCUAAACAACUCAGACUUGGCCCCCCACCACCCCAAGGACCCUGUGGAGAUGAGGAGAAUGAACUUCCAGACUCCAGGUAUGCUGAACCACCCCCCGAUCCCCAUCGCCGACAUGGCCGAGCACACAGAGAGGCUCAAAGCCAACGACAGCCUCAAGCUCUCACAGGAAUACGAGUCCAUCGACCCUGGACAGCAGUUCACGUGGGAACACUCCAACCUGGAGGUGAACAAGCCCAAGAACCGCUAUGCAAACGUCAUCGCCUACGACCACUCACGUGUCAUCUUGCAGCCCAUCGAAGGCAUUGUGGGCAGCGACUACAUCAACGCCAACUACGUGGACGGUUACCGGAGGCAGAAUGCCUACAUCGCCACACAAGGGCCGCUGCCCGAGACCUUCGGCGACUUCUGGAGGAUGGUGUGGGAGCAGCGGUCAGCCACCAUCGUCAUGAUGACACGGCUGGAGGAGAAGUCACGGAUUAAGUGCGACCAGUACUGGCCGAACAGGGGCACGGAAACCUAUGGCUUCAUCCAGGUCACGCUGCUAGACACCAUUGAGCUGGCCACCUUCUGCGUCAGGACUUUCUCCCUGCACAAGAAUGGGUCCAGUGAGAAGAGAGAGGUCCGCCAGUUCCAGUUCACGGCAUGGCCGGACCAUGGGGUCCCUGAGUACCCCACCCCAUUCCUGGCCUUCCUGAGGAGGGUGAAGACCUGCAACCCCCCAGACGCGGGGCCCAUCGUGGUGCACUGCAGCGCGGGCGUGGGCCGCACGGGCUGCUUCAUCGUCAUGGACGCCAUGCUGGAGCGGCUGCGGCCGGAGCGCUCGGUGGACGUGUACGGCCACGUGACGCUGAUGCGGGCGCAGAGGAACUACAUGGUGCAGACGGAGGACCAGUACAGCUUCAUCCACGACGCCCUGCUCGAGGCCCUGGGCUGCGGGGCCACCGAGGUGCCCGCCCGCAGCCUCUGCGCCUACCUGCAGCGGCUGGGCGCCACCGAGCCCGGGCAGCAGGCCUCGGGCAUGGAGCUGGAGUUCAAGCGGCUGGCCAACUCCAAGGCACACACGUCGCGUUUCGUCAGCGCCAACCUGCCCUGCAACAAGUUCAAGAACCGCUUGGUGAACAUCAUGCCCUACGAGAGCACGCGGGUCUGCCUGCAGCCCAUCCGCGGUGUCGAGGGCUCCGACUACAUCAACGCCAGCUUCGUGGACGGUUACAGGCAGCAGAAGGCGUACAUCGCCACGCAGGGGCCGCUGGCCGAGACCACGGAGGAUUUCUGGCGGAUGCUAUGGGAGAACAACUCCACCAUCGUGGUCAUGCUGAGCAAGCUGCGGGAGCUGGGCCGGGAGAAGUGCCACCAGUACUGGCCGGCCGAGCGCUCCGCCCGCUACCAGUACUUCGUGGUGGACCCCAUGGCCGAGUACAACAUGCCUCAGUACAUCCUGCGGGAGUUCAAGGUCACAGACGCCCGGGACGGCCAGUCUCGGACGGUCCGGCAGUUCCAGUUCACAGACUGGCCGGAGCAGGGGGUCCCCAAGUCCGGGGAGGGCUUCAUCGACUUCAUUGGGCAGGUGCACAAAACGAAGGAGCAGUUCGGCCAGGACGGGCCCAUCUCUGUGCACUGCAGCGCGGGUGUGGGCAGGACGGGUGUGUUCAUCACCCUGAGCAUCGUGCUGGAGCGGAUGCGGUACGAGGGCGUGGUGGAUAUCUUCCAGACGGUCAAGAUGCUGCGGACACAGAGGCCGGCCAUGGUGCAGACGGAGGAUGAGUACCAGUUCUGCUACCAGGCCGCACUCGAGUACCUGGGUAGCUUCGACCAUUACGCUACUUAAGCCAUGGCAUCCCUGGCCCCCGAAAAUCCAGCAGCCCAGCUGUGGGGCCUCCCCUCCAAGGUUGGGGAGGCGGCCACCACCUCCAGGAAGGACGCCAGGGAUGCCCCUGGACCCCUGCCUAGCAGCCGCCUUCAGAUACUUGGAACAUUCCCCUUUUUCCCUUCUGAUUCCAGGGCUUGCAGGGGCGGGGAGGAGGAUCAAACGGGUGCCCCCGGCUCCCCCCCAAAAAAAACCCUGCCCCCCAACCCCGGGAGGAGGGGGGAGGCCCUUCCGCUUUCUCCUCCCGAAACCCUAUGUACUCCGUCCCUUGAUCUUUAUUUUCCUCUCCAAAUAGUCUUAUAUUUUUCCUCUCUCUCUU